AUGAGUCACUGCAGCAGCCGCGCCCUGACCCUGCUGAGCAGCGUGUUUGGUGCGUGCGGCCUGCUCCUCGUGGGCAUUGCCGUCAGCACAGACUACUGGCUGUACAUGGAGGAGGGAACCGUGCUGCCGCAGAACCAGACCACCGAGGUCAAGAUGGCGCUGCACGCUGGCCUGUGGCGCGUCUGCUUCUUUGCAGGCCGGGAAAAGGGUCGCUGCGUGGCCUCAGAAUAUUUCCUUGAACCAGAGAUCAACUUGGUGACGGAAAACACAGAGAAUAUUCUGAAGACAGUGCGCACAGCCACCCCUUUCCCCAUGGUCAGCCUCUUCCUCGUGUUCACCGCCUUCGUCAUCAGCAACAUUGGCCACAUCCGCCCGCAGAGGACCAUUCUGGCCUUCGUGUCCGGCAUCUUCUUCAUCCUCUCGGGCCUCUCCUUGGUGGUGGGCUUGGUUCUUUACAUUUCCAGCAUCAACGACGAGGUCAUGAACAGGCCCAGCAGCUCGGAGCAGUAUUUCCACUAUCGCUACGGGUGGUCUUUUGCCUUCGCAGCAUCCUCCUUCCUACUCAAAGAGGGAGCCGGCGUGAUGUCCGUGUACCUAUUCACCAAGCGCUACGCGGAGGAGGAGAUGUACCGCCCGCACCCCGCCUUCUACCGCCCGCGUCUCAGCGACUGCUCCGAUUACUCGGGCCAGUUUCUGCAGCCCGAGGCGUGGCGUCGGGGCCGCAGCCCCUCCGACAUCUCCAGCGACGUGUCCAUACAGAUGACACAGAACUACCCUCCCGCCAUCAAGUACCCCGACCACCUCCACAUCUCCACCUCGCCCUGCUGA